AUGACUUCAUGUUUCCUCAGCCAAUCGGGAUCCGUAUCCAGCGGUCUCAUUACCCCAGUUCAGUAUGUUCGACGCAAUCACGUGAACAAGGAUCUGCUCGAUCGGCUUGGUUUGGAGACGAGUCUGAAGGGUCAUCGUGGUUGUGUAAACUGUCUUGAAUGGAACCAUCGGGGAACGUUGUUGGCCAGUGGAUCCGAUGACUUUUGUAUCAUCAUCUGGAAUCCAUUCGAGAGAAGAAAUAUCUUCACGAUGCAUACGGGGCAUGCUGGAAAUAUAUUCUCAGUGAAAUUCUUGCCCAAUGUCAACGAAUACCUCAUGGUUACCGGGGCUGCAGACGCUAAAGUUCGAGUGCAUGAUGUCCGCCACAUGGAAACUCGACAUAUUUUCUCGUGUCAUCAUCGAAGGAUCAAACGUCUGGCGAAUGUUCCGGCAGAACCGUAUUUGUUUUGGUCCGCCUCCGAAGACGGCACUGUUCGACAGUUUGAUCUACGCGAUCCCAGUCAGGCUGGUUCCGCUGCAUCGCAGAAUGUUUUGGUGGAUCUCCAUCCUCAUAUAGGGUCUUCUGCUGAAGCGAAGUGUCUCGCCGUAAAUCCUCUUCGUCCGGAGAUGGUGGCGGUUGGUGGUAACGACCAGUACGUUCGUGUGUACGAUCGGCGCAAACUACGACUGUGCGCCGUCAGUGAUCCAGUUCGUCCCCGCUCUUCUGCACCAUCUUCGCCCUCGAACAACUGCAACAAUCCAACGAGUGUGGCCGACCAUGAGUUGACCCCCGAGUCGGUACGCUAUCUCGCGCCCGGCAACCUUCCACUAAAACAACUCUCCUACCACCGCGGUCCCAACAUUGUGAACGUCACUUGCGUGAGCUUCAGUCCCGACGGACAGGAGCUUCUCGCCAAUAUGAGUGGUGGUCAGCUUUACCUGUUCACAUUGAACAAACAUGUGCAACCGUAUUGGUGCACUGCGUCUUCCACGAAUAGUCCACAUGAUCGAGGAUUAAUCUUUGGAGCAUCAAGUUCCGACCGAUCCUUGCCCACUGGUUCCGCUCCUUUCCUCAGACACCUUAUUCCUAGCCCAGGUCGUUGUCGUCCAUGCUACACUACAAAAUACGACCUAGAUCCCUCCCUGUUGGAAGAUGAGUCGUUAAAAGCUGCUCGAUUGGUCAAGGCGAAAGCAUUUGUGGCCGCUGUCGUGGCCUAUAAUGUGCUGUUGGAACGAUGGCCAGAUGAUCCUCAGUUGUACACUGGACGUGCCACGGCCUUGCUCCAGCGCAAUUGGGUUGGGGAUGUAUACAAUGCACUGUUGGAUUGUCAAACGACUUUGAAUUUAACAAAAACAAAUUCCCACUCGGCUCGGACCUUAACUUCAGCUGUCAUCUCAAUGACCUCCUCCUCCUCUUCAGUCGCUCGUGAUUGCAUCCGAGUUACCGCAUUCCUUCUCUCUGUACACUGCAUGGUACGUCUGCACUGGUUUCGUGAGGCUCGCGCCACACUUGAUCGUGUCCAGGCGGACUACUCUUACUUAGUCAGACCAUCUCCUGUGCAGACCUCUCAAUCGGAUGUUACCAACGCGACCGCAACGCCCCUCAAUGGCACAGCGAUCAAUGGGCACCAGAGGAACGGGUUCAGUUGGCUCAAUACGCUGGAGACAGUCAACGAAGUGUUAAAUGCGGAAAAGCCAAACUUACAUGAGUUCUUCUGCAUAUUGAACCAUAAAGUCAAUUCUUUGUUUGUGCCUCCGUGUGACGUCAAGAUGGCCCAACUUCUAUUUGACACGACUCAGAAGGAGGAGGAUAUCCCGAUGGAAGAAGGCACAGACACUGUCCCCGCUGAUCCCGACUUCUUCGCGUCAUCUUCGAAUAGUGCAUCAAAUCGAAGUCCUUCCCCCCAGGUGCCGGAAAACUCUACGCUGGACGAACUUCUAGAUUCUUUGGAGGACACCGUCUUGCCAUCCAUGGACCCAGCAGAUCACUGGGAUGAGAUUCCGCCGGAAUUCCAGCAGUGCUCCUGUUUCGGCUGCGUCACAUCUUCAUCUCAUCUUUCUGCCACGGCCGAAGUACGUCUGCGUUCACACUCAUCCGACUAUACCAAACGCUAUCUUGGUCAUUGCAAUGUGAUCACGGAUAUUAAAGAGGCCAAUUUCUUCGGGAGCUAUGGUGAAUUCAUUGUAGGCGGUUCGGAUUGUGGCUCAUUCUUCGUUUGGAAUCGGGAAACGACCAAUAUUGUCCGCAUUCUGGAAGCUGACAGUUCCACGGUGAAUUGCGUUCAACCUCAUCCCUCGAUUUGUUUGCUCGCGAGUUCCGGGAUCGAUUCAGUGGUUCGAAUCUGGGGUCCACGACCAGAGGACGAUCCGAACCAAUCACGUGUCGUCAAGGACCACAUCCGCGCUGCAGAGAGGAAUCAGCUCCGUUCCACGGCGGAUCCAAUGGAGAUCAUGUUGCUCAACAUGGGUUAUCGCGUCCCACACUUUGACUUUACUUUAGAUCGUCGUCGGAGAUCGCGUCGGAGGGAUCCUCAAUCUACUGCCGAGCGGUCUCAAACGGAUCUUGACAGAACAAGGUCUAGUAGUCCUAGCCAAUCCGAAGGUGAACCGGAACCGCGAACUUCCAAUAACCAUCCUGAAAACGAAGCGGACGAUGGAGCUUAUCUGAGCAUCGACGAGUUGGAUGCCAUGUUUGAAGACGAGCUAUUUCAAACCGAUCCUGUUGAUAGCAUUGCGCUCGACAGAAUGAACUCACCACAAAGAUCAGAUGCUGCUAAUGCAGAUGGCACAUCCGACCAGCCUAAUCGUUCGCAUAAUGUGCCAAGACGCCGCGAAAGAGGACGUGCAUCUCGGGCUCCUGGUUCACGGAGGUUACCAAAGCGACUGCGUAGUGAAUCCAGCGCUACAUCCCAACCUACUGCCGCAUGUAGUGGCUCUGGGGAUCGCGACGACGACGCGGAGGAGGAGGAGGAGGAAAACACCAGCGGUAGCACUGACGCGGAUCGUGGACACAGCGCACAUGUCUUAGUGCCUCGUAUUCUUGUUACGCUCCGAAAUUCCUCCCGUCUGUUGGCUGAGACCCCAUCAACCGUUGAAAUGGCGGAGGAUGAUCGCCAAGCUUCCACCGAUGUCUCAAGGUACAACGAUACUUCUGAGGAGGCAAACGACAGCCCGGUCUCGGAGAUACCAUGCACGAUGAGUUGAAUCUGCCGUGGCGACCUUCAUCUUCUCAGCUUUUGAACUGAACGCCAUUCUCACAAUGGAUGCAUCCAGCGCCUGCGUACUCGCUACUCACUUUCCUGUGCACACUUUUUUCGACUCUUGCGAGGCUAUAUCCGCGCAAAUCCUAUUCAUACCCCCCCUCACAUGCACAAGUUCACAGAAUUCGCUGACAUACACACUCAUACGCCCUGUGCCCUGCUGUGAAUUCGUUCCGUCCACCACAAACCUUCCAUCAUCUGACUUGAUCCCUAUGUAUGCGUAGUGCGUUCCCCGUUUUUCAGGUACCCAUGCUCCGAUUGCGUUUUUACCUUCCUCUAUCCGUAUUACGUGUACCGCUGUAGAUUAUUUGACCCAAUGGGUUUGCUUGUGGAGAGUAGUCUUGUGUUACCCACGGUUUACCUCCAAUUUGCUUCACACUUACCUGCUAUUCUCAGUGCUCGUUGUUGGUUUGUUCACCAUACAUCCAGAUUAAUAUAUUACUUGCUUUGUUCUUGUGAC